GUUUUUUUCUUGGAGAUGGACCUCGACUUGGUUAACGUUCCAAAGACCAAGAAGACCUACUGCAAGUCAAAGGAGUGCCGGAAGCACACCUUGCAUAAGGUUACCCAAUAUAAGAAGGGAAAGGAUAGUUUGGCAGCACAAGGCAAGCGUCGUUAUGAUCGGAAACAAUCUGGCUAUGGUGGACAAACAAAACCAGUUUUCCACAAAAAGGCAAAAACCACUAAAAAAAUUGUGCUGAGGCUGCAAUGCCAGGGUUGCAAGCAUGUAUCACAGCACCCAAUCAAGGUUAGCUUCGUAACUCUUAGUGACACAUCCACAUUCAGUGUUGGUUUGUUGUUGUUGUUGUUGUUGUCGUUUUUAUUUUUAUUUUUAUGAAUACUUAAAA